UUGUAAAGAUUUCUCGUUGCGUUCGGUUCAAUCGCGUAGUGUGCGCAUUUAUUCAUUGUGGUUACGGGCUUUUUUCGGAAUGUCUGUGGCAAACGAUUAAUAGAAUUUACUAGCUACGACAGUUGAAAUUUAGACAAUAAGAUAAAUAGAAAUUCAAUAAAAUCAAAUAAAGUGUAUGUGCGUGUGAGAGAGUGUGUGUGUGUUACAGAGUGCGUCGUGACGGGAGAAAAGUGAAAUUACUAAACCUAAUAGCAUUUAAAAAGAAACAAAAAAAAAACAAGUCUCCUGCAACCAACACAACUUCCAACAGUUUACAUAUGUAUGCUAGAAUUUGUAUAUAAUUUUUAUUCCAAAUCUGCAUAAAGUAAAAAUAUAAAACUGGCCCAAACUCAAAGCGAUAAACUAGCCGCGUUCUUUAAGAACAUGGACGACGAGGAGGAGGAAGUCACUGAUUUGAAGCUACAAUUGUUUCACAACACAAUUCGCGAGCACAUUAUAUUCUUGCUAUUGAUCAUAUUACUAUACUUUAGCUCCUAUGUGGUUGUAUCACGAUUUCGGCGUAGCGAUCGCGAUGAUCUCUACUCAAAUGACGAAGACGAGGUGCUGGUCUAUCGCAUAAGCUUUUGGCUUUGCACUUUUACAUUGGCCGUUGCUGAGGGAGCUGCCAUGCUGUUACCCGUUUCUAUAGCCAGCAAUGAGGUUUUAUUACUAUAUCCAAACAGUUACUAUGUGAAAUGGUUAAAUAGCUCAUUGAUACAGGGUCUAUGGAAUCAUGUGUUUCUGUUUUCGAAUUUGUCGUUGUUUAUAUUCUUACCGUUUGUCUAUCUUUUCUCCGAAUCGACUGGCUUUGUGGGACACAAGAAGGGUAUAUUGGGACGUGUGUAUGAGACCUUUACAGUAUUCAUGUUGAUGGCCAUUAUUGUUCUAGUAUUAACAGCUGUUUUAAGUGCUGUAUUUGGCAUUGAAAAGUUUCAGUUCUUUUGGUUUCUAAACUUGGGCAGUGUUCACCUGCCGUUCCUUUAUUCGUGUGUCUCAUUUCUAGGCGUAAUGCUGAUGCUAAUUUGCACCCCCAUUGGAUUCAUUCGACUGUUUGGCGUUGUCAACAAGGUGCUGGUGCGACCCAUGUUAUUGCGUGACGUCAAGGAGGAGAUUAGCGCCUUCCAGAUGGAAGAAGUUAGCGUUAAAAGAAAGUUGGCCAACAUUGAGUUGCAUAAUGUGAGCAUUAUGGACGGUACAAAUCCCACCAGUACGCAUCGUAAAAAUGGUCUAGGUCGCAGUUAUCUGCAACAACCUUGGCUUCCGGAUACUUUGACCCAACUUUAUCAGAGGAAACCUGUUAUGGACGCUGUAUCCGACCAGCAAGUAUUUUUGAAUGAUAGACUGAUAGAAUUACAGAGUGAACGAAAGGAAUUGGACAAGCUACGUAAAUCGAAUACUAUUCUAAGAACCUUUGUCUAUCUGAUGGCUAUGCUCUUACUGCUGUUCUGCACAGGAGUUACCAUACUCUUGGUAUUGCAAAAUACAGUUGAAUUACUUAUUGGCAUCAAGGCACUCCCACUUAGCACCAGGCAAUUCACGCUGGGCAUUUCAUCGCUGUCGAAACUGGGACUCUUUGGCGCCGGUCUGGAGGUGUGUCUGAUAUUCUAUCUGGGCGCCACAUCGGUGGUGGGUUUCUACAGUAUGCCCUUUAUGCGAAAUGUACGGCCCAAACGGCGUCAGACGUCGUUGCCCCAGCUUAUGCUCAACUGUGGCUUCAUGCUGGUUUUAUCUUCAGCGCUACCGUUACUAAGUUGCAUUAUAGGCAUAACGAACUUUGAUUUGCUGGGGGAUUUUGGUGCGAUUGAAUGGCUAGGCAAUUUCCAGAUUGUCUUAUUCUAUAAUCUGGUAUUUGGCACUACAACUGCAUUGUGUUUGGCCAACAAGUUUACGGCAACAGUGCGACGUGAACUUCGAGCACGCUUGGUGGAGAACUACUUGCUCUUUACCAACUACAUGAGUUUUAUCAACUGAUAUAUGUAUGAGCGAUGCGACAAAGUGUCAAGGAGUCAGCAGCAGCAAUUGUUGCAGCAAAUGAUUGUUAUAAUUCGCUUUGUCGAGUCGCCCCUUAAGAGCUUAAGUAGUUUUUAUGCCAAGUAUCAUAAAUUUAGUCGUAAAAAUAGUCGCAAAACCACCGCUAGUCGCCAUACUAAUGAAAUGGACUGUUAAGUUUUCGUUUAGGGGAGUGGCGUCUAGUUACCGAUUUACAUUUAUACACACACACUCAUAUACAAAUAGGUAUAUACACAUAUAUAUAGAUAUAGCAUACGUAUAUAUCCUUUAAAGAACUGAUACUGAUAUUUAAGUGUUGCGCCUAAUUGUUGUGCUUUUUAAAACUAAUAUGUGCAUAUAUAUGCAAUUAUAUAUAUACAUUAAAAAAUACAUAGUUUGAUGGUUAUGUGUAUAUAUAAUUGCAUACAUUUGACACACUUGGCGAACUACCACCCAAAAAUUCAACGAUAUAUAAAUUUGUGCAACGUGAACUGAUGUCAACUAUUUAGGUUUAACGUGUAGGCUAAAUUUCUAGGUGUCUUUCAAAUUGUUUCGGUGUGAUUCAACAGUCUAAUUUUAUUCACUAUAUACAUAUAUGUUCUAAUAUCGUCACUAAAUAAUUUAUUUUAUUUUCUUUCUUGGUAGUUUUAAACAAUGUUCCUUAAACCGCGCACAUUACGCGUCAAUCGUCUCAUUUCAUUUUAUAUAUCCAUAUUCCACAAUAUAUCAAUAAUACAUUAAUUAAUUUAAAUAUAAAACAAUGUAUGUGAUAAAUCAAAUAAAAUAUAAAAAUUAAAUGAAGUUA